GUUCGAAGGAAACAACAUGGAGCGUGUGCCUCCAAUCAAAUGCAUAUUUUUCUCCGAAUUCCACACGACUGCAGGACCGAUAAUUACAUAUCAGGUUCCUGAAGACUAUUUGUCAAAAGAGGCAUUUGAUACUGUACAUGUAUACAUCAUCACAAAGCCUCAGCUACAAAACAGGCUAAUCACUAUCAAUGCACUUGGACACAAGAUAAUGGGCUGUCCUGUAUGUAUAGAGAACCCAAAGUAUCCUAGAAAUAUGCUCAUCUUUAACUUGUGCCUGGUUAUAGAUGCCACAGCCAGCACAGCUCCUUUUGAAAUUAUUGUCAAGAAACUGGCGGGCUACCUCACCAACUUAGAGCUUGAAAAUGAGUUUCUGUCCAAUGAAGAGCAAAAGUCUACUCUACCCAAUAUAAUGUCUAGAAUUCUCUCUGAACUCAAUAUGUCUGGAACCUGUAACAUCCCAAUAAAUAAAUCAAACACCAUCCACCUGAAGCUAGUCCUUCCACAUGAAGACGCCUUGGAGGUAGCAGACCACGAUGUGCCAAUAUUUCUCAGUUCUAAGAACAACUUUCAGAGAAAUCAGUGGGAUCUUACAACACAGCAGGUGAGUUAUUAA